CAGGCGCUGCCGCAGCGAGGUCGGCCCGGGCUUUGCAAGCGCCGCCAGCAGGAGGAGGAUCGGGGCGGCCGCUCCUCGCUCUCCUCCCACCCCCUCACCUCUGAUGAACCUCGCGUCCAGCUAGCCGGAGAGCCUCCCCAGGCAGCGGCUGCAGCCGGAGGAAGAGCGGGAGGGAAGCCUGCCAGCGCGCUCGGUCCGAUCAGCCGCAGCGCCGGCGCCUGGGCCGUUCCAGACAGGCGACCCUCCUUGGGCCACCGCUUAGCGAGCCGGGAUGGCCGUUCCGUUGAGCGACAGCGAGAAAAGGAAACAGAUCAGUGUGCGGGGCAUCGCCGGGCUGGGCGAUGUGGCGGAGAUUAGGAAGAGCUUCAACCGGCACCUCCAUUUCACCCUGGUGAAAGACCGGAAUGUGGCCACCCCGCGGGAUUAUUUUUUCGCCUUGGCGCACACCGUGCGGGAUCACUUGGUGGGACGGUGGAUCCGCACCCAGCAGUAUUAUUACGAGAAGGACCCCAAGCGUAUUUAUUACCUGUCUCUGGAAUUCUAUAUGGGCCGAACACUUCAGAACACGAUGGUGAACCUUGGUCUGCAGAAUGCCUGCGAUGAAGCUAUUUAUCAGCUCGGCCUAGACUUAGAAGAGUUGGAAGAGAUUGAGGAAGAUGCUGGCCUUGGCAAUGGAGGACUGGGGCGUCUGGCAGCUUGCUUUCUGGACUCUAUGGCAACACUGGGGCUUGCAGCCUACGGCUACGGAAUCCGCUACGAAUUUGGCAUUUUUAAUCAAAAGAUUGUCAAUGGCUGGCAGGUGGAAGAAGCUGAUGAUUGGCUGCGGUACGGCAAUCCUUGGGAAAAAGCCCGCCCUGAAUACAUGCUUCCUGUACAUUUCUAUGGUCGGGUAGACCAUACUCCUAAUGGGGUUAAAUGGAUUGAUACUCAGGUUGUUCUUGCCAUGCCUUAUGAUACGCCUGUUCCAGGAUACAAGAACAAUACAGUUAAUACCAUGAGACUGUGGUCAGCCAAGGCACCUAAUGAUUUCAACCUUGAAGAGUUUAAUGUUGGUGAUUAUAUCCAGGCUGUGUUGGAUAGAAACCUGGCAGAAAACAUAUCCAGAGUGUUGUACCCCAAUGAUAAUUUUUUUGAAGGAAAGGAAUUGCGUCUGAAACAGGAGUACUUCGUGGUCGCUGCCACUCUCCAGGACAUCAUACGACGAUUCAAGUCUUCCAAAUUUGGAUGUCGCGAUCCAGUGAGGACCUGCUUCGAAACCUUCCCUGACAAGGUUGCCAUUCAGCUCAAUGACACUCACCCAGCCCUCUCCAUUCCUGAGCUCAUGAGGAUCUUUGUUGAUGUUGAACAUAUGGAUUGGGAUAAGGCCUGGGAAAUCACAAAGCGAACAUGUGCAUACACCAACCAUACAGUGCUGCCCGAAGCCCUGGAGCGCUGGCCGGUGUCUAUGUUUGAGAAGCUCCUGCCAAGGCACCUGGAGAUCAUUUAUGCUAUCAACCAAAAGCAUCUGGAUUAUGUGGCUACUCUCUUUCCUGGAGAUGUUGACCGCCUCCGAAGGAUGUCUGUGAUUGAGGAAGGAGACUGCAAGAGGAUCAAUAUGGCCCACCUGUGUGUCAUUGGUUCUCAUGCAGUCAACGGAGUGGCUCAGAUUCAUUCGGAGAUUGUGAAGAAUUCUGUAUUCAAAGAUUUCUAUGAGAUAGAGCCAGAGAAGUUUCAAAACAAGACCAAUGGCAUCACUCCCAGGCGAUGGCUUCUACUGUGUAACCCAGGACUCUCUGAAGUCAUUGUGGAGAGGAUUGGGGAAGAUUUCCUAACUGAUCUUAGCCAGCUAAAGAAACUGCUGGAUUUUGUCAACGAUGAGGCCUUUAUCAGGGAUGUAGCCAAAGUUAAACAGGAGAACAAGCUGAAGUUCUCAGCAUACUUGGAAGAACAAUACAAAGUGAAAAUCAACCCUUCCUCUAUGUUUGAUGUCCACGUUAAGAGAAUUCAUGAAUACAAGAGGCAGCUCCUCAAUUGCCUGCAUAUAAUCACUCUCUACAACCGCAUCAGAAAAGACCCAAAAAAAUCCUAUGUGCCAAGAACAGUUAUGAUUGGAGGAAAGGCAGCUCCAGGCUACCACAUGGCAAAAAUGAUUAUCAGAUUGAUCACAGCCAUUGGGGAAAUAGUCAAUAAUGACCCUUACAUAGGAGAUAGACUCAAAGUCAUAUUUUUGGAGAACUACAGGGUGUCUCUUGCUGAAAAAGUGAUUCCUGCUGCAGAUCUAUCUGAGCAGAUCUCCACAGCUGGGACUGAAGCUUCGGGGACAGGAAACAUGAAAUUCAUGCUGAAUGGAGCCCUCACCAUUGGGACCAUGGACGGGGCCAAUGUGGAAAUGGCUGAAGAAGCUGGGGAGGAUAAUUUGUUCAUUUUUGGCAUGCGGGUGGAUGACGUUGAGGCAAUGGAUGAGAAAGGGUACAGUGCUAAGGAAUACUAUGACAGGAUCCCAGAGCUCAGGCAAGUUAUUGAUCAAAUAAAUAGUGGAUUCUUCUCACCAAAUGAUCCUAGUUGCUUCCAAGAUGUCGUCAACAUGUUGAUGUAUCAUGACAGGUUUAAAGUAUUUGCUGAUUAUGAAGCCUACAUCAAAUGUCAAGGGCAGGUGGACCAACUAUACAUGAAUCCUAGGGAAUGGACUAAAAAGGUAAUUAAGAACAUUGCGUGCUCUGGCAAGUUUUCCAGUGACAGGACAAUUACUGAGUAUGCCAGAGAGAUAUGGGGAGUGGAACCUUCUGCUGUGAAAAUUCCUCCGCCAAACAUACCUAGAGAGUAAAUCUGCCAUUAGAAGGUGCAUGCAAUCACCCUGAUGGGCUUCCUGCUGCUGCUGCUAAGACAUUCCUGCUUCCCAGUGACUUUUCAAACAUGUAUUUUACCACACAUUGCUUGUUUCAUCUUUAUAAACAUAUAGUUGAAAUGAGGGCACCUGGUGCUUCAGAUGAUAGUAAGAAAGAGUUGACCAAAUCGUAUGGGCUGUAAUAAGAUUCAAGAUCUGAAACAGAAAGCUCAAGCAAAAAAAAAAGUGUUAUAAUCUUGCCCUCUUUUAAAAAUCCAAUUUAACUAAUGUGGUUUAUAUGCAUGCAUGCAUUAUAUGCUGAGGGGUUCCUCAAGCUCCCAAACUUGUUAGUUCCUAUGGCAGUUCCCCUUUCUGGUCAGUUAGAAGAUGCCAACAAAGCCCAGAAUUGGAUGGGGUGGAAAAUGUGAUUCCACGGGGAUAAUUGUUGCCUUCCAGAGGGAGCUAGACUGGGACCCUUCUGUGGCUCAGGAAAAUGCAUUUUCCACAUAACUCAUUUUGAAGACAUUUCUUUCUCUUGAUUGCAGUGGCGUCUGUAGCAAACUGUGCUUGCAUCAAAAUGACAUGUACAUGGUGGCAUCAUGAUACAAACUUUGCUCUUAGGUACUUGUAUCCUGAUGACUAACACACAUACCCAGUUGUGGGUUUAGCAUCAUGACACACAUUUCAUCACAUGUCCCUCUUCUCUCUCUUCCCCACCCCUGGAAACCUAGGGUCAUUAGAACCAUUGCUGAUCCCCAGAACAGUACUUUUUAACCUAGAAUCAUUCCAAGUGACCUGUUAGCACAAACUUAAAGAUCAGGAUACUUUUUCCCACAGGGACAUGGAGUUCAAAGAGGGUUAAUGGUGCCAAAGAACCUGUUUGCUUUCCUCUGAAAAGAGCAUGCCUGUAUGACACGUGAUUCAUGAAGUUCACACCCAGCCUGGUGCCUUCAAGAUGCACUGGGACUACCCAGCCAGGCUGAAUUAAGUCAAAUUACCAGCCAUUUUCUGUGGUCUGCUAGAUUCUGGAUAGUUUUCAGAGCAAGUGGCAAUAAAUAAAGAAUUAGACAUUUGCUCAGCCUUCUGGUAGGCUGCUAAGCUUUGCUUUAGGAGCUAGACUUUAUCUGUGUAUGUUUCAAAUUCUGCAGCUAUAUGGAUUAUUUAGGACAAUCUUGAAAUAUCUGUCACUUAUCAGAGUGAAACCUCCACCUCCAUCCAGAGUCUUUCCUGAGUCAGUGCCGGCUCUAGAGGUCAUGUUUCUAGUAUUUUAAAAGUAUAUUGCAUCUUCUGUGAAGCCCCUUGAGUUUUAAUUUCAGGCAGUAACAUCAGCCUUUUGGGGAUCUGCCAGGUCUUCUAGCCUGGUUGCUAAAUAGAUGGAUGUUUCUUUUCUGCAAAUGCCAAGGAAAUUGACUGGAGAUGUUUUAGAACUCAACAAAUCCUUGAAUGGCAACUUUGUUUGCACUUCAAUGUAAAUAACAAGAAUGGAAAUGAAUGUAUGUUCCUAUAAACUUCCAGAACCAAAAGUUCAACAAACAUGCUGUUUUCCUUUUCAGAUUUCUUAAUAAAGACGUUAUCAAUCUAAUACCAGGUCAAUGAAAUAAUGAAUAUAAUCUGAAGUGUUCCUUCUCUGACCUGAUGCCCUUCAGAUGUCUUGUGGAAGUAGCUUCCCACCAUCAGGGAGUUACACAGGAGCAGGAGGCUAGAGACAGCUGCCUAAUCUUUGCCUCCCCUUAGACGAAUGUUUAGGCUUGCCACAUAUAGACAAGAGCAAUACAACUUUAUCGAAUGUAGGUAAUAGCGACCACUGCUUUCAGAACAGACAGCAAACAGGCAUGCAAUAAUAGCACCCCUCACUUAACAGGAGGAAGACUUUGUCAAAAACACGUGACCAGUUUGGUCAAAACUGAUACCCUGAUCAUCUGUUGAGAAGUGAGGAUAGAGAGCUGAUGGAGCUAGGAGAUCAGAAUUGAAUGAAACCCAAUAAUUUCAUAAAUUCCAGUACGCAUAAGUAACAAAAUUUAAAUGCUUGCAUUAUUCCAGAAAACAACAAAUUGAAAACCAAACCAUUUUUGUGGUAUUCAUUUUACAUCAGUCUGUUGUAUUUUUGUCUAAACAAAACUUUAGUGCUGUUUUGCUACAUUUAAGCAAAGGAUCUUCUGUCAAUAAUUCUUUUGACAAAAAUAAUUGAAGAAAAAUAUAUGAUUUUCUAUUUUGUGUAGGCCAUAACUUUUAACUCCCUAAUUAACUGUGUUAGAAGUUCAGUUCUUGCAUGUUUAUACAAUGUUUAAGAAUAUUAUAUAAUAUAUCUGUAUCCUUAGCGCUACAGUACCUCAUUUCAAAUGACCUGAUACUGGGUUUUAUAUCUUACUAAGCCAAGAUGUUUGUAAGUAUGUUAUUCACUCAUGCAGCUUCUUUGAUCUUCUGUUUGUGGUAUGUAGCCAUAAAUAUACAAUUAUAAUUUCCAGAUUCAUCCAAACUGGAAAGACCCUUAGCACAAGCCAAGCUCUUAAACUACAGUUUAAGAUUUAUUUACAAUUUUAAAUUGUUCCAAUACUAAUAACCAUCAUUUCUCAGCUCAGCAGAAAUUGGAAUCUAUGAUUAAUUGGAAUCUGUUUGGUCUGAUUGCUACAUUUUGUAAAAGGAGGAGAAAAAAUGGCAGUAGUAAUAGUAGUGGGCAAAUGAUUUCUACUAAUCUGGGUUUAUAAACAGAUUAUAUCAAUAUGGCUACAGUUUUAUUCUAUAAGGUAGUAAUUAUUUUCAGAAUGUUAAUUGUGAGGGAGCACUUUAGUUUUCAUAGCAGAACCAUCAUAUGUCAUGUUAUGAAUUACAUUCUGAGUUAUAUUCUAGAACGCCCAUGCAGGGAUGAAAGAUGAUCAUGAAACAUGAUUAACCAGAGGUUGGUAAGAAGAACACGUGUCUGCCACCACUGAUUGGCUAACUGAGGAAUUCCCAAAGAACUUCCCUAAUUCACUGUUUGAAAUCGCCUGCCAGAGAGUAUCUUACUUUAAUCAUUGAAAGAUACCCCAUACCAUUGUGUAGGAUGGGUACUGGGAAGUCAAUCUAGGACCCUGCUUUUUUAACCCUUGCAGAUUCCUGCUUCUCAGAUUCAAAACCAUCUUAAUUGGCACCUACAGAUAUUUCCUGUUUCUCAGAUACAAGGCCACUUUGUACUUAAUCAUGAAGGGCAGGCAUGAUCCAAGAGAACAAAAUAGUCAUUUGGACAUUAAUAAAACAUUCUGAUGUUUCCUGAGUGGGUUUUUACACUGUCAGAUAGUUACAUGUGCAGCACAUGACAUAGAACACAGCCAAGUAAAAGAACAUCAAGAAAGAGCAUCCAGUAAGUUAAACAAUGGAAGUAAAUAAUUCUACAAGGCUAUGAGUCUGCCAAUAAUAAAUCACAAUUUUCUUGUGCUGACAAGCAAAAGUUCAAAUCCCUUGUCUUAUAAAACAGCUACAGACAAUAUUUACAUAACCUUUUAGAUUCUUGCUUUAGUAUUGCCAGCUAAGGGCCCAGUCUGACAUCCAAAGCAUUGAAAAUACAGAAUUAAGUAGGGGUGGCCAUGUCCUCUGGGGCCCACUUUAAGGCAUAUCAUUCCCUGCUCAGUUUACUAAAAUAAAACUCUACAUAAAUACCCCAAAUUAAUCAUAGUAUUUCUUUAGCUAGGCUGGUCCCAAUCCAACCAAUAUCACUCUUUAAUAAGCAAAGUGGUAUUUAUGUCCUCCUAAAGAUGAAAGGAAUGCAGCUAACUAUAAUAGGAUUGAGCAAUUUCUUGGCUGGUCACUGAAAAUAGAAGUAAAUCAGCAAAGGUAGAGAAAAAGCUUUAAAAUACCAACAAGAGUUAGCCUUUAACAUGGUGAUGGUUUUGAAUCAGUAAUUUCUCAUGCUUCAUCUAGAGUUUAUAUAAGCUCAAAAAAGUCUAUCCUUCCCUUGCUGGUUUAUAGCUUCCCUCAAAAAUUGUAUCGCCUUAAUUGUUCCAAGAAGUAAAAUUGUGCAGUGAAACUGUAGUUAGAUAGCAGGUUCAUAACAACAAAGUAGUUGAACAUGAACAUUGUGUUGAAAAAGCAUUGAGAAAUUCACUAUAUGUUGUCAUCAGGCUGCACAUGAAAGCCAUCCUUAAGGGCAUUUGAGACAAAGGCUAGUCUCCAAAAUAUAUUGUACCCAGUAGCUUUAUUUGGUUGUUGCUCUUAGAAAAUAACCAUUCUCCUUGCCUUCCAUUGCAUGGCCAAAUUUAUCUCCAUAUUGAAGAAAAUAAAUAGGUGGGCCGUUCCAGGUUUAAAGCUCAUAGAUUUCGGAUAUUGGAUGGCAUCGUUUCCAUGUGUUCUUAUGAAAUGCAGAAUAUAUAUAAUUCAGGAAUUCCAGGGAGCACAAUAUUGUGUUUAAGGAAUGCUGCUAAACUUUUGAUAGGAAUUGUUUUUAGGUUGAUUACAGUUCAGUGUUCCUAUGAUUUAUUUUGCUGCCAUGAAAUGCUUCAAAUAAGGGAAUAACGAAUUACUCUUCUCAGCAUGUGCAGAACAUUUUUUCCUAAAGAAAUUGUGUGGAUUGUGUUGCUGUUAUUAUUUACACCUAAGCAAAGUUAAGCAUUACAGGUUUCUGCUGACAAAGUCCUAUCAUGUCUUGAGAUUUGUGCAUAGAAUAUUGCAUGUUUGCGAGCAUUCCCAUCUCAUGUGUAUUUUGCAUUGCACUCUUAAGCAUGUGUUGUCCUACUCCCAAUUAUUUUUCUUCAUGGUCUGUAAAACUAUUGUGAGCAACUCUUCAGAGAGAAUAUCUCUUCAAGCAAGAAUUAGCCAAGCAGGAGGCUGGAGCAAGCAAAUUAGCAGUUACUGUGCUUGCUAAAUAAAUGUAUAUGUCACAAUCA